CCCACUUCUCUCUCUAACGACUUCCCUAGUUUGUUCCUGCGCGGUCUUGUAGAACCUCACCUACAGCCUCUCGUUUCAUUGUACCUAAUAUAGUCGCUCUUUACACUAAUAUCUACAAUGCCCUCUCUGUCAGCCCUUCUUGGGUUCGGCGCUGCCACUCUUUUGUCGGUCGCUUCGGCUACCAAGUACACGCCUGCGGAUACGUUCCCCGGCUCCUCCUUCUUCGAUCACUUCGACUUUGUCACUCAGGAGAAGACUAAUGGCUUCGUCAAGUAUGUGGACCACGCGAGAGCUCUGGACAAGGACUACAUCCGCUACGAGGGUGGCGAUGCAAUCUUCGGUGUGGACUACAAAUCCAAACUGAACAGUGCCGACGGAGGCGACAUCGGCCGCGAAAGUGUCCGUCUGGAGGGUAAGAAGGACUACAACAAGGGCCUGUUCGUGCUCGACGUCAAGCACAUGCCCGGCGGCAUCUGCGGCACGUGGCCCGCCUUCUGGUCUCUCGGCCGCGAACCCUGGCCCGUGAAGGGCGAGAUCGACAUCAUCGAGGGCGUCAACCGCAACUCCGCCAACACCUUCGUGCUGCACACCGACACCAAGUGCAAGGUCAACGGCCUCGGCCAGACUGGCACGCAAACCACCAACGACUGUGCCUACGACACCGCCGGCGCCACCGGUUGCGGCGUGGCCGAAUCGCGCCCCAGCUCCUUCGGCGCCGGCUUCAACGCCAACAAUGGCGGCUUCUACGUCACCGAAUGGCAAGCCGACGGCAUCAAGAUCUGGUUCUUCCCGCGCGGCUCCGAGCCCAAGAGCCUGACGUCCAGCGAGCCCGACACGACCGAGUUCGGCGUCCCGGCCGCCAGCUUCCAGGGCGACUGCGACGUCGAGAAGCGCUUCAUGGACCAGCGCUUCAUCUUCACCAACACCUUCUGCGGCGACUGGGGCGGCAACGUGUACGCCGACUCCGGAUGCCCCAUGUAUCCGGGCCUGAGCGGUAUGGCGUCGUGCAAGAAAUAUGUGGCCGAGCACCCGGAGGUGUUCAAGGAUGCGUACUGGCGCAUCAGCUCGUUCAAGACUUUUAACAAGCGCGGGCUUACGAGCUCGUCAUCGGUGGCGCCGAGCAGCACGUCUCGUGUGUUGAGCAGUUCGUCUAGCUCCGUUCGUGUGUCGUCUACGUCUGCGCCGGUGUCGAGCAGCUCGGUUCAUGUGUCCAGCAGCUCUACUCGCGUUUCUAGCAGCUCUGCCGUUUCCAGCAGCUCCGCCCACGUUUCUAGUAGCUCUGUUGUCUCUAGCAGCUCUGCCCGCGUUUCCAGCAGCUCUGUCGCCCCCAGCAGCUCUGUCGUUUCUAGCAGCUCUGUCGUUUCCAGCAGCUCUGCCCACGUCUCUAGUAGCUCUGUUGUCUCUAGCAGCUCUGCCCACGCUUCCAGCAGCUCUGCCCACGCUUCCAGCAGCUCUGCUGGCGUCUCCAGCUCUUCUGUCCAUGCGUCUUCGUCGGUUGUACCCAGCAGCUCCGUUGUCUCCAGCUCUGUCUACCCCUCGUCAACACCCGACGUUUCGUCCUCGACGCCUGUUGCUUCGUCCUCAACACCUGUUGUCUCUUCAUCAGCGUAUGAUGUUUCUUCGUCAACAUACGAUAUUUCUUCUUCAACGCCCGUCUACUCGUCCACGGUCGUUCCAGACACCUCAAGCAGCGCUGUGUACGACUACUCGUCGUCCGUCCCUGCUUCUGCCUCUGAGACCUCCUCCGACUACUCGUCUGGUGUCAGUUCGUCCGCCUCAUCGACUUCGGAUGACCACAUUUCCUCCACGGCUGUCACUUAUUCUGCAUCCGAGACCUUGUCCUACGAUGUCUCCUCGACGUUGUCGUAUGACGUCUCUUCGACAUUGUCCAGCGCUUCUGUUUCUGAGACACAUGUCUCGUACGACAGCUCCAGCGUUUACCCUUCGGCUAGCUCUUCUGAUGUUUCGAGCGUGUACCCUUCAUCGAGCUCUUCUCCUGUAAUUGUUUCCAGUAUUUACCCAUCUGAGACACUCUCUGCUAGCUCGUACUCCAUUUACCCCUCGGAAACACCCUCCGAGAGCACUGCCAUCUACUCAUCGGGAACUUCGAGCUCCGCACACCCAGAUGUUACCUCUUCUUACCCAUCUGAUGGCGAGUCUUCCAGCAGCAUGCCAGUCUACUCGACCUCUGUGCCUGUCUAUUCUGUCUAUCCUGAGGGCGACGGGUACGGACAUGGCAGUGUCUCCUCCAAGACCCCUGAUGCUUCCGAGUACCAGACUGCUUCCACGAAGACCCCUGAGUACGAUGGCUAUUCUAUAGCUCCCUCAAGCUCUUCAGUAUACGGAAGUGGCUACUCUCAGUCCACACCUGUCUAUUCUGAUUACCCCGAGCUUCCCAGCUUCACGCCGCUGUCCAGCACAUACGCAACUAUCUCGAGCAAGCCUUCGUACGGAGACGAUCAGAAGUCCACCGACUCUCACAAGACCACCACCGCCUAUGAGACCACCUACGUCGACGUCUGCCCUACCGGCUACACAACCGUCACCACCAAGGUCACAGCUAUCCAGACUCCCGCGCCAUACCCAACAGGCGACGCACACUACGCGCCUCCCGGCUUCGAGGUCACAACCAAGUACUGCGCCCAGGGCUGCGGCGAGGGACCCAAGACCGUCACCGUCACCGUGCCAUGCUCCAAGUGCCAGGCCCCGACCCCCGUGCCCAACAAGCCCACAUAUGUCCCCAACAAGCCAACCGACAUCCCCAGCAACCCCAGCAAGCCCGCGGCUCCUGAACACUUGAGCACCAAGAUCACAGCCACCACGAUCAUAACCCUGACCAAGAUCCCCGUCCCAGCCAGCGAGUACCCCGCAACACACAGCCCCGUCGCGAGCUCACUCAAGCACCCCGACUCCGCAUCCAAGAGCCCCGAGCCCGCGAAGCCCGUUGCUCCCACCCACGCGGCUGACGCUGGCGGUGACAAGCCGUACCCCACCAGCGAAGCGCCGAAGCCCGCGUCUCCCUCCGGCACUGGCACCUCCGGCACUGGCAGCGACAAGCCCGUCUACCCCACCGCCAUCGGGCACCCGGGCUCCAACGGCACCGCCGGCCACGGCACCGCGACAGGUGCGGUUCCCACGCCGAGCCAGGCGGGGUACAAGACGCCCGAGUUCACGGGCGCGGCGGGGCGGAAGCGUGUUGGCGGUGUUGUUGCGUGCGCGGCUGGGGUGUUUGCUGUGCUUUUGAUGUAAGCUGUUAGAGCGAAGGAUGGGUGCGAGGCAUGGUGGAUAGGUGAUGUUAUAUGGAGUGGUUG